CCCCGUCCCCCCGCUCCCGUGUGCCCCCGCAUCGUGCCGCCGAUCGAAGCCUUUUUGUUUUCGCGCAAGCUGGACAUGUCAAAGAUGACGACGGCAGGGAUGGUGGUGGUGAUGGUGGUGGUGGCAUCGUCCUCGGUCUGACGCGCGAUCGGGGAAGGAGAUUGAGGAUUGUGUCGCAUGAGAUCGGUGGCUAAAUUGCCGCGGGCGCCUUAGCGAGUCGCUGCGAAUUUACUGAUAAUUGAUAUGAGCCGUACGAAUAACUACAGCAUGGUAUCUCGCAGGUGGUUUCACCCGAAUAUCACGGGUUUAGAGGCGGAACGGUUGUUGAUGGAAAGAGGAGUUGACAGCUCGUUUUUAGCACGACCCAGUUCUUCAAAUCCCGGUGACUUCACGCUGUCCGUCAGACGAAAUGGCGAAGUGACUCAUAUUAAAAUAAAAAACGCAGGGGACUUCUAUGAUCUUUAUGGCGGUGAAAAGUUCGCCACGCUUUCAGAAUUGGUGCAGUUUUACAUGGAAAACGGCGGACAAUUACGCGAAAAGAACGGUGAAAUUAUCGAGCUUAAGAUUCCUCUCAACUGCGCUGAUCCUACGACCGAAAGGUGGUUCCAUGGGCACUUGUCGGCAAAAGAAGCGGAGCGAUUAAUGUUGGAACGUGGGAAAAAUGGAUCUUUCUUGGUGCGUGAGUCUCAAAGCAAACCCGGUGAUUUUGUGCUGUCGGUACGCACCGAUGAUCGUGUCACACACGUUAUGAUACGAUCUCAGGAUAACAAAUACGACGUGGGUGGUGGUCACAAGUUUGAUAGCCUUAGUGAUUUAAUAGAGCAUUAUAAACGAAAUCCAAUGGUUGAAACAAGUGGAAGCGUCGUCCAUCUUCGGCAACCGUUCAAUGCAACGCGCAUUAAUGCCAGUAGUAUCGAAAGCAGAGUUAGACAAUUACACAAAGAAAACGGUUGUUCCAAUGGUUGGCUAUGUUGGAAUGGUACUAGCGGAAGCAGCGAGGAUGGAGUGGGUAAAGGCAAAGGAAAGGCUGGUUUUUGGGAAGAAUUCGAGUCGCUGCAGCAGCAGGAGUGCCGGCAUAUGUUUUCAAGAAAGGAAGGUUUACGUCCAGAAAAUCGUGCCAAGAAUCGUUAUAAGAACAUUUUACCAUUUGACCAUACUCGGGUACGACUAAAAAAUGUGGACUCUGAUACUCCUGGAGCCGAUUAUAUUAACGCUAAUUACAUAAGGAACAAAGAAGGCGAUGAAACAAACACUAGCGUUGACAGUGGUGGUGACGAUCCGUCAUUUGGCAAAUGUUACAUAGCCACACAAGGUUGCCUUCCAAAUACCAUACAAGAUUUCUGGCAUAUGGUCUACCAGGAGAAUACUCGUGUGAUUGUUAUGACCACCAAGGAAAUAGAGAGGGGAAAGAAUAAGUGCGCACGUUAUUGGCCGGAAGAAGGGGAAACUUCCGAAUUCGGCGAAUGGAAAGUGCGUGCUGUAGCUCGAACUUCGACCGCUGAUUAUACUCUGCGCGAGUUUCUCUUGCAAGGAACCAAAUCGGAGUUUUCUGAGUCCAGGAGAAUUUAUCAUUACCACUUUCAAGCAUGGCCUGAUCAUGGCGUUCCAUCAGAUCCUGGUUGCGUAUUGAACUUUUUACACGAUGUAAACGCUAGGCAAGAAUCAAUUGCUGCAUCUUUGGCUGCGAAGGAAAAGGAUCAGGAAAAGGAUGAACCAUGCAUAGGGCCAAUUCUCGUCCAUUGUAGUGCUGGAAUUGGCAGGACCGGCACAUUUAUCGUUAUUGACAUGAUUUUAGAUCAAAUUAAACGUCAUGGACUGGACUGUGAAAUUGACAUUCAACGCACGGUACAGCGAGUACGUGCGCGAAGAUCAGGAAUGGUUCAGACGGAGGCGCAAUAUAAAUUCUGCUAUUUGGCUGUCCUUCAUUACAUCGAGACUGUAUCUCAACGGAUGCAAGCGGAACAGAAAUCACUUCAGUUAGGCAGAGAAUACACCAACAUUCGUUACAAAAGCGAAACGAACGCUUCCACUAAUGCUGUUGUGGCCGAAACCUCCACUCCCACUUGUACGCCAACAGUCCCUCCAACACCAGCACCCACUCACCAUAAUUUGAGGCCAAAGUAAUAUUACGAGAAGAACUAUGCGACAUACCCUGACAUUCGCAGAAGUUUAUUCAUCAUCAAGAAUUCAGUUUCGUCUCUCUUGUUAAAUAUUCUUUUUAUCGACUGCAUACUUACGAUUUAUUUUUUAAGUAAUUGGAUUGUGAAUAUUUACAUAUACACAGAUAUAUAUAUUAUAUAUAUAAAUAUAGAAAGAAAAAAGAGCUGUAUAAUUUAUCGAUCUAUAGCCUGUUAUCUUCAUGAAAAUGAAUUACUACAAAUAUACUAAAUAUUUGCUGGCAUAUUUUUUAUUUCCUUUGCUUAUCUGUUCUAUGCCAUGUAUAAAGUCUUGACAAGACAAUAAUAAAAUGAUAUUGAAGACUCGA